ACAUAGGCUAAUGUUUAGGACCAUACGCAGGUAGCUGUAGGGGGAAAUACACACUUUAGGACUUUAUUUUUGUGUUUUUUUUUGUUUUUGUUUUGUGGUUCAUAGUGUUGCGUUGCGUGCAUGCAGUUUUUUUCCCCAACAAAGCCUCUGGAGUCGCGGCUAUAAUGAGAUAAGCGUCGGGGUUCCCCUCUCUGUUUUAUACGACCAGCGGUGAAUUAGACAAACUGCUCCUUCUUCAUUUAGCUGCACGAAAAGACUGGGGAGGGGGGAGAAAGAGACACAGAGAGAGAGAGAGAGAAAGCCCUACAUGUUGAUUAUGCUGAAGCCUGAAUAAGGUCUCCACAUCCUGGAGCCUGCUGGCUCCAUCCGCCGCUGAUGCGCUCCUGCCUUUUGUUUUCAUAUGCGGAGCCGCAAACGCCACGAAACCUAAACGAGGGGACGGGUUUUUUUCUCCCUCUCUCUCUCUCUUUCUCUCCCCCCACCUCUCUCUCUCCCUCUCUGUGUGUGUGUGCUUUUGAAAAUGAGGAAGCGAUUUCAUAAAGACCCAGAAAAUGGCAAGAAGGUCUCGUUGUCCGUGGGCCCGGAUUUGAGCAAAAUGAGAAGGAAAGGGGCAAAUGCAAACGCGACCGCGGCGUGAAAACCGUUCCCCCACAAUGACACUGGAGGCAGAAGAGACGCUGCAUCGAUGAGGAGCGAUCUGGACAAGUUUUGGAGUCGCUCAUAAUGAAUAGAAAUACUUUACAGCUUCGUAUCAGAUCGUUUUCACUAUAUUGAAAAAUAUUUUCGCCUUUUUUUGGGGGUGGGUGGGGGGGGUCCUAAUUCACCAGUCAUUGUUUUUCGCAUUGCAUCUACUACUACUAUAACUACUACUACUAUUAUUAUUUUUUUUUAUUUUUUAUUUUUGAUCCGGAUCCUGCCCUGGCUGUUCAAUGGAAGUAUGUUAUCAGCUGCCGGUGUUGCCUCUGGACAGGCCGGUUCCCAAGCAUGUCCUCAGCCGCAGAGGGGCCAUCAGUUUCAGCUCCAGCUCUUCUCUGUUCGGGGCUCCUGAUCCCAGGCAGCUGUCACAGAUAACGACAUUUCCUCUGGUAAACAGAGGACGAAAGAGUAGGCUUGAAGACAGACGAGGGGCCAUCUCCUAUGACAGCUCUGAUCAGACUGCCCUCUACAUUCGUAUGCUCGGAGCUUGUGUAGUAUUCAAACAGCUGUUUGCAAGAGAUGUGAGAGUGAGAAGUCAGGUUGGAUUUGAACCAGAACGAAGAAGCUCCCACCCGUACCAUUGCAUUGAUUUCCGAACACUUCAUACACGACUGGGUUGUGGCGCCUCGGCUACCAGCUCUGAAAAGACUGAAAAGAGGGUUCACAGACUUCUCAGCUUCCAGAGAUACCUGCACUCGUCCCGCCUGCUGCGGGGAAUCCCCCAGCAGAUCCCCCUCCACAUCCUCGAUGAAGACUACACUGGACAGGCUAGAUGCAUGCUGGAAAAAGUUGGCAACUGGAAUUUUGAUGUUUUCCUCUUUGAUAAGUUGACAAACGGCAACAGUCUGGUCACCCUGACUUUCCAUCUGUUGAACCACUAUGACCUGGUGGAGCUCUUCCAGCUGGAUAUGGUCAAACUGUGGAGGUUUCUGGUCCUGGUUCAGGAGGAUUACCACAAUGACAACCCGUACCACAACGCUGUCCACGCUGCAGAUGUCACGCAGGCCAUGCACUGCUACCUGCAGGAGCCCAUGCUUGCAAAGUCUUUGACCUCCUUCGACAUCCUCCUGGGUAUCCUAGCAGCUGCCACACAUGACCUGGGCCAUCCUGGUGUCAACCAGCCUUUCCUCAUAAAGACUGAUCACUAUCUAGCCAAACUCUAUAAAAAUACCUCAGUUUUGGAAAACCACCACUGGAAGUCAGCAGUGGGUCUCCUCAGAGAGACUGGACUGUUCUCCCAUUUGCCUCCUGAGGACAGUCUGAACAUGGAGAGGGAAUUGGGCUCCUUGAUUCUGGCCACGGACAUCAGCAGACAGAAUGACUACCUGUCCAGGUUUCGCACGCACCUGGACAAGGACAGCCUGUGCUUGAGGAACGCCAGCCACCGUCACUUCAUCCUGCAGAUGACGCUAAAGUGUGCAGACAUCUGCAACCCCUGCAGACCCUGGGAGCUGAGCAAACAGUGGAGUGAGAAAGUGACGGCGGAGUUCUUCCAACAAGGAGAUAUUGAGAAGGAGCACAAGCUUGAAGUUAGCCCAUUUUGUGACAGAGAGAAGAACACGGUCGGCAACAUUCAGAUAGGCUUUAUGACGUAUGUGGCAGAGCCGCUGUUUGGAGAGUGGGCCCGUUUCUCCGACACACGUCUGUCCCAGACCAUGUUAGGCCACAUGGGGCUGAACAAAGCCAGCUGGGGCAGCUUGCUGCAGGAACAAAGCCCCAUCUCCGAGGAGGCAGAGCCCGCCGCAGCCGGCACGGACACGAAAGAUGUCGCCGCAGGAGGAACCAGCUCCAAAGAAAUACCUCAGGGAAGCAAAGAAUCCUGACACUCCUCGUGUGCCCUUUCACCUCAGCCUCCUGUACCCCUGAUCCACGCGCCAGGGCUUCACCACACCGUGAGGGGACGGGUCUGCGGCCCUGCCCCACCUCACCCUAACACUUUUUUUUUUUUCGUUGCUUCGGCCUCCCAUCUUGAUAAACCACUGAUUCUAUUUAAUUUAUUUAAUUUUUAAUUCCUUUUUUUGGCAUAGAGCAAUACAUAGAUACCUCAUUUGGCUACUGCUGUAUUUUCUUUGAUUUGCUCUUGUUCUAUUUAUUUGUUCCACUGUAGAUUUGCCAUUACUGACUAAACAAGCCACUUUUUUCUUUUUUUUUUUUUUUGGUGAACCUUAAAGGGGAAGCAGGAUAAAAACUGAAAGACAAUUUUUUUUUCUGGUAUUUUGAAGUGCCAUUUGAAAACAAAGAUUUGAAGAAUGAUUUCAACUGAGUUGAGCUUUGACAACUGGAGUAUUCAGACAUGAAACCCUCCGGAGACUUGUGAGUAAUGCCGUGUUGCAUUGAUAUUGAAGAUUCUUCCUCAUGUAAAAACGAUAACCGCAGAAAAAAAAAAAAAUGUGACAAGCCCAGUCGUUCUGCUGCCUCUCUGAAGACUGUUUACACAUCUGUUUGUUGUAUCUUUCUUUCCUUGAACUGAACUGAAUUAUGUCGGCUCCACAGUUUGCCUUCGAAGCACAGAUGUGAAGAACCACUUGUUUGAACUCUCAUCCCACUGAUGAAGCCAUGAGCGGAACCUUAUUCAAACACAGCAGAUGCCAUAAAUGACUCCACCUGUGCUACCAUUUGUUCUUGCACUCCAAAUGAUGAUGUUGGACGUGCGGCUUUGUCUCCAUGGCCUCUCAAAGACAUCCUGUGAAGGGUAUUAUUAGAGAAAAUCAGUCCUUUUUUCCAACGAUGUUUCUGCAUCAUCCAGUUCUGGUUGCGCUUGGGGAGCUUCCCUUGCAGACGGGAGACUGGUCAGUCACUGCAACUGCACCUCACCUGGAACUCCACUCCAUGCAAUUCAACUCGCUCAGGGUUCUGCCAGUCUCUUCUUAGGAGAGGGGGAGGAGGUGACUACGGAGGAUGCAAGGUUGCUUUUGUUUUGUUUUGUUGUUGGCUCAGAUCAACUGAAGGAGCCUCCCACUCCAUAGAAUGUUUCUACAGCCACAAGAAAACUAAAGGACUGCUCGACCGAUGCCUUAUAACUAUGCACAAACUAUGCUAAGUGACCAAACCAACUCCUGUUCCCAUCAAGUGCAUGGUGUGCUUGUCUUUGAAUGCACUGUCCAAUCUCUUUGCCUUUUUGUUAAGGAACAACUCCAGCUGUUUUCUUUUUUUUUUUUUGUAUGGAAACAAAAUGGUCGAGUGAAAAUGAACAUUCCACUUCUUCGUUUGGUUCGUCUGAUCCGAUUCUGUAUAGUGACACAGAUUGUGUUGGUGUUGAAACAUUUUGAACGAUAACAGGUGCUUUUCUUACUUUAGCUGAUUUGUAUUUUGCUGUAAGUGCUGUAAGACUGUUGAUAAAACUGUUUACAAUUUGUUGCGACAGCCAUUUUUGGGAAGACUUAAGUGUCGAGCCAGGUUUUGUAAAGGCUUUGCUGUAUUGAACUUUUUGAUACAUGCCUGUUGCAGAUAAAAUUUGGAUAAUAAAACCUGUUGACUUUCA